AUGGCGGUGAAGGAAGAGGAGAAGCGUAAUUCAACGGUGGAGAUCUCCGGAUUGCGUUUCACGUAUCCUGGGAUCGACGGUCAUCCACCUCCGGGAUCGAAACCACUUAUCGAAGAUUUCUCUCUGAAGCUCAAUUCGAGCGAUCGGUGUCUCCUCGUCGGAUCUAAUGGCGCGGGGAAAACGACGAUUCUGAAGAUACUGGGAGGGAAACACAUGGUGGAGCCGCACAUGGUUAGGGUUCUGGGUCGAUCGGCGUUUCACGACACCGGAUUGACAUCUUCUGGUGACCUCUGUUAUCUCGGUGGCGAGUGGAGGCGUGAUGUCGCAUUUGCAGGAUUCGAAGUUCCGAUACAAAUGGACAUUUCAGCAGAGAAAAUGAUAUUUGGAGUGGCGGGUAUUGAUCCUCAGAGAAGAGAUGAAUUGAUCAAGGUGUUGGAUAUCGAUAUCUCAUGGAGAUUGCACAAGGUUUCGGAUGGCCAAAGAAGACGCGUCCAGAUUUGUAUGGGACUCCUGAGGCCGUUCAAGGUUCUCCUUUUGGAUGAAAUUACUGUUGAUCUUGACGUUCUUGCAAGAGCCGACCUUUUGAAGUUCCUGAGGAAGGAAUGCGAAGAACGAGGAGCAACAAUCAUCUAUGCGACUCAUAUAUUUGAUGGCCUAGAGGAUUGGCCAACACACAUUGUGUAUGUAGCAAACGGGAAGUUGCAGUUAGCACUGCCAAUGGAGAAAGUGAAGGAGACAAGCAAGUUGUCAUUGAUGAGAACAGUUGAGAGUUGGCUGAGGAAAGAAAGAGACGAAGAGAGGAAGAGAAGGAAAGAGAGGAAAGCCAAGGGGCUUCCGGAAUUUGAAUCACGUGCUGAAGAAAGCCGUGUCACCGGUGAUCCUGCUCGGAUGCUCAACAAUGGCUGGGCCGCCGGGAGACUUCACUCUACCAUUGCAGGCGGUGAGGAUAAUUUCGUUCUUAGCUCAAACAGAGUCCUCAGAUAA